AUGGCGUCGCAGGCGACUAAUGUGCAGUACAUUGACGAACGCCGCGGCCGAGGCCUUAUGGCAGAGGUGGACUUCGCGCCUGGCGACUCCAUCCUUUGCGUGCCGUGCGAUAUCGCUGUGCUCUACAGCCCUUUUGUGCGCAAUACGUGUUACCGCUGCUUCAAGCGAGUUGCUGAAACUCGAGAGCAACAGGACGUAGAGCAGCAGCAACAACGACACGAAAUGACGGAAGAACUCCAAUAUGAAUGCGCCGCCUGUCGUCACCUCGUCUUGUGCCACGCUUGUGUGCAGGCGAUGGUGGCGGAGUUGCAGCGGGGCGCAGGCGAGGACGUGGCCGCAGCGAAGCCACCGGCUACUGCGCACGAGUUGCUACAGCAGCACCCCGUUUUACAGGCGCACAAACUGGCCUGCGGGUGGUUCUGCUCGCUCCCUGCGGCCGUGCGGGAGGGCGACACAGACUACCUGCGUUUCACCCUGCAGUACGGGGCACGCGUGCUGCUGGGUGACACACGACUUAUGCUGGCUGUCGCUGAGUUGUGCACAAACGAGGUGCAGCAGUCCACGGAGGCACGCAGCUUUUGCGAAUCCUUCGCGCAGGAUGUCGUCAAGACGUUUGCUCCGCAUGGAUUCCAAAUCGACGCAAAACACCUCCGAGACGUCCUUCUCCGCACCAAAUGCAACAGCAUCGGGUAUCCAUUCAACGAGGAGGAAACACUCGGGUGGGCGUUGCAGGAAUAUAUGUGCAUGAUCAACCACAGCUGCGCCCCCAACGCGUCAAUUGUGCCUUCGAACCGUGAUGCGUCAUCGUGGGGCUCAAUGGAGCUUGUGGCGCGCCGCCCUAUCAAAGCAGAGGAGGAAAUCACGAUUGCGUACAUCGACGUUGACAGCUACUCUGACGUUCGCGCGCGACGCGUGCGUCUUUUGGAAAGCUACGGGUUUCUCUGCAGAUGCACAAAGUGCUCUGCUGCCAGCGCGACGCAAUAA